CGUGAGUGCAUUUCUGUUCACAUUGGCCAAGCCGGAGUUCAGAUCGGCAACGCCUGUUGGGAACUCUUCUGUCUGGAGCACGGCAUCCAGCCAAACGGCACCUUCAUCGACCAACCCAGCUAUGAUGACUCUUUUGCCACGUUCUUCCGAGAGACAAGGUCUAGGAAAUACGUGCCCCGCGCUAUUAUGGUGGACUUGGAGCAAACUGUAAUAGAUGAAGUGCGGACUGGCACCUACCGUCAGCUUUUCCAUCCAGAACAGUUGAUCACUG